AUGGAGUUUAUUAGGGAAUACCGGAAGGGUGACUUUGGUGAUAUUGUUGAGAUUGUAUGACCUUUUGUUUUCCUUUUUUUUCUUUCUCCCGCAGUAAUACUCUCUGCGUGUGUGUAUGCUGACAGCGCGAGUAAAAAUCACGAGGGGGGUUAAUAGUGUAAACUCACAGCCCACCCGUCGAUACACCCAUCUGCAGAUAUCCUCCCGUAUAUAUACGCGGUUCCCUACGUGAAAUUAGAACCCGCCCACGCCUUCGUCCUCGAUGCCGGCAGUUCAGAUAACGCGAGCGGGAGGCGGGUCGUCGGGUACAUCAUUGGGACGCCCGACACGAACACCUUUGUUGAACGUUACAAAAGGGAAUACCUCCCCACCCUGCCCCCCGCCAUCGCCAACACCACUGCUGAUACUUCUGCGGCGGUCCAGGCCGACGAUGGCGAUGGCGAUGAACUGCGGCGCAUGUUUGGGAGGAUCCUCCUGAACCCGGAGGAUAUGCUGCAUUCCGCCACCUCCCACUUCAUCCCGCGCUACCCGGCACAUCUGCACAUCGACAUAUUGCCAGAGUUCCAGGGUAAAGGCUUCGGCGGGAAGUUGAUGGGGAGAUUCUUGCACCGGGUGCGAGCUCGUGAUGGUGAUGGGGCUUGUGGUGUGCACUUGGGCAUGCGGCAGGAUAAUGUUGCGGCCGGGAGGUUUUACGAGAGGUGUGGGUUUAGGGUACAUGAGGGGUUGUCUAACGAGCAUACUACCUGGAUGGUUAAGGGGUUGAUGGAGGGGGUAGUGGGGGUGGGGGACGAGAGGACGAGAGGACGAAGAAGCAAGAGCAAGAUGGAGAAGGGAGAGAAGGGGAGGGGGAUGUUGGCUGUGGCGCAAGCAAGGGUGAUGAUGCUAGUGAUCACCGUGGGGUCUGGUAA